AUGGACGGCCAUAACAAUGUCAACAACACAAUUAACAACAACAGCGGCAGUAGCGGCCGUGACAACGAUGGCAAUAACAACAACAACUACCACGAUGGAAAUAUAUCGUGGGCGAACACACGUACACAGAAGAAUACAGGAACUAUAUUCAUAAUACAAUCAGAAGCUUUCAAUGGUAAAUCUACAGUACGAUGCAAUAAAGCAGCAGAUAUUGUGUUCGUAUUAGAUUCUUCAACCAGCAUAUGGAAGAGCGAUUUUGAGAAACAAUUGAAUUUUGUUAAAUACUUCGUCAACAAUUUGAAUAUUGGAUUAGAAGCAAAUCAGGUCGAUGUUCAUCCUGAACGAGAAAUAAACACAACUCCCAGACCAGACCGGAUCGUAAUCAGCACAGAAGCUCCAUCUAUCCCCUGCAAGAAGCCUGCUGACAUUGUAUUCAUUCUCGAUUCUUCUACAAGCAUCGCAAGACAUGAUUUUAAAAAGCAGCUAAAUUUCGUCAAAUAUUUUGUCCGUAAUUUAAACAUCGGCUUAUCUUCAAAAGAGACAAGACUAGGAGUUUUAUCAUUCAGUGAUAAGGUAGAAAUAAAUUUUAACCUGAACGAAUCUACUGACAAAUCUACUACUCUACAGAAAGUCAGUCGAAUUCAACAGCUCUCAGGAAGCACUUAUACAUGGCUGGCAUUAAGAAAAUUAGUUAAUAUGUUUAAACCUGGAAAUGGUGCUCGAUCUUCUGUUACACAAGUCGCCAUUAUUCUGACUGAUGGAAAUUCUCAGAAACCACAUGAAACUUUGAAAGCAGCAAACAUGAUUCAUCGUCAAACUCGUAUUAAAGUCUUUGCGUUGGCCAUUGGGGAGAACAUAGCAGCAUAUGAGAUUCGUGGCAUCGCCAGUUCUCCAAAGGAUACAUAUUUCAAACAAACUGCGUCUUACGCUGCUUUGGAGAGUAUUAUAGAAAGAUUCUUUAACACAACAUGCGAAGAGAUUUAUCGAACAACUACGACUGAGAUUUAUCGAACAACUACGACUGCAAUCACACCUGUAAUAUGUACCGAGCCAGCUGACAUCGUAUUUGUUCUUGAUUCUUCAACCAGUAUCCGUAAAACAGAUUUCGAAAAACAGCUUGAAUUUGUUAAAUAUUUUGUACGGACUCUAAGUGUUGGUCAAAAUGGAAACCAGGUAAGAAUAGGAGUUUUAUCAUUCAGUGAUAAGGUAGAAAUAGAUUUUAACCUGAACGAAUCUACUGACAAAUCUAGUAUUCUACAGAAAGUCAGUCGAAUUCGACAACUCACAGGAAGCACUUAUACAUGGCUGGCGUUAAGAGAAUUGGUUAAUAUGUUUAAGCAAAGAAAUGGUGCUCGACCGUUUGUUACACAUCUCGCCAUCAUUCUGACUGAUGGAAAUUCCCAGAAUCCACAUGCCACUUCGGCAGCAGCACACGUGGUUCAUCAAGCUAAUAUCAAAGUCUUUGCGUUGGCCAUUGGAGAAUAUAUAAAAGUAAAAGAGAUUCGUGACAUUGCAAGUUCUCCAGAGAGAAUAUUCUUUAAAAAAACAGCAUCUUUCAGUGAACUGAAAAGCAUAAGAGAAAGCUUCUUAACCACAACUUGUAAAGUUGUUAAUGAAAUACCUCCUUUACCAAGCUUCCGAAUUUCAACCACUGAAGGAUUGAACGGCAGGAAUCCUCUUCCAAGAGUUUGUGAUACAACGUUGCCAAUCGAAAUAGUAUUCCUUGUAAACAACGUUCAUUUUGGACAGAGAAGAACUGAAAAGAUUUUACACGCAAUAACUCAUGCAGAGAGAAAAAUCCACCACACUUGUGUUUCGCACUUUAGAACAAUAUUUGAAGAUUGUUCAACAUUUGAAGACACGUUUGAUAUUUAUAAUCCAAGAAAUCGAAAUCACAAAUUUAAGAAUUGUCGUAUUGGUAUUUUCUUUGUCGAGAGAGGCAUGGAUUUCGGAUCACCGAUUCUCCAAAACAUAACUAGAAACUUAUUAAAAGAUACUACUGGAAUCUUUGCCGUCAUGAUUGGGGAUAUUAAAGAAGUGUCUGGAUUACGAUAUUUUAUUAAAGACGAGAAUAUCAUCAAUGUCCCACAUAUUGAAGUUCUUACGUCUUCCUUAAGUCAUAAUGUCAACAGAGUUAUUUGUAACAACAACAAUAUCUGAUAUGCUUUGGAUUUACAAAAAUGCAGGAAAAAUUGAAUUUCUUCAAAUAAUCAUCUGAAAUUAUAAUUCAUGAAAACAUUUUUACACAUUCAUACAUUAACUAAUAUACGUUAGGUAUGACACAUGCCAAGUUAUCUUGGUGUUCAUUGGAUUAUCACGCAGUAACACGAAUACGCAUAUUUAUACAUUUUCGCUUUUUUAUUUUCUCUCACUUUCUCGAAUAUAUAAAAAAUACACACAUAUACAAACAUAUUCACACUCCCACAGAUAUGCUUACACACACCUAUACACAUAUACAUACAUAUAUGGGUAUAUGCGUGUAUGUAGAUGUAUGAAUGUGCAUAUAUAUACACACACAUACAUAUAAACAUACUUACAUAUGCGUAUGCAUACAUAUUUGUAUAUAUAUAUAUGAAACGGAUGUUAAAGAGAGUCAGAAACACUUAUUGUUCUUUUUAUGAAUGCAAUAAAGAUCAGUUUUACUUGC